AUGAGGACUCCGGAUACUUCUCAUCGGGAUCGACGUCGCAAGUGGCAAGAGAGGAGGGCGUCAAUCGUUGGAGCAGGCUCUCAUCGGCCUAUGUGGUCAUCUCCAUUGCGUGAGUUCAUGGCUGCGACUCCCCGGCCUAAGAAGGAUGAUAUUGCCAAGGAUGGAGCCCGUCUACCUGGGGAUGAGGAUGGCAACUUGUCCGACUUCCAAAAUAUGAGCUCCCAUGCUGCUCCUCCGUCAUCUGUCUUCAAGGAUGAGGACCAACUGGAUACAGAGGCAAUUCACCAAAUCCUUGAGUUGUUCCGCCCCUGGAUCUCCAAGCAUGAGACAUCAGCCGUGAAACCAUGGAGGAAAUCACUCGCAGGGUAA